AACAAUAUAAUCGCUUCUCUCCCUAACGCCUGUCAAAACCCUAAACCCUAAAAUAUUAUAUCAAUCAAAAACCCCUCUUUUGCUGCUGCUGCAAAGAUGCCAAAGGUAGAUAUAUGGGAUCUGCCCGAACUGCCCAAGAAUCAGCUGCCACCUCAUCUUCAACUCCAAAGAACACGCGUCUCAUGUAACAACGAUGCUCCAACUAAUACGGAGAAUAUUACAUAUUCAGGUGCAUAUGCAUCAAUGGGAGUUGAUAAUAUGGUUAGGUUAAAUGAUUUUAAGGAAAAGUUUCAAGUUAAGGUUACUAAGCUUAAUGAAGAAGAUAUGGAGUUCGAUUUGAUCGGAAUCGAUGCUUCCAUCGCCAAUGCCUUCAGGCGAAUCCUCAUUUCCGAGGUGCCCACAAUGGCAAUUGAGAAGGUUCUUGUUGCAAACAGUUCAUCGCUGGUACAAGAUGAAGUACUUGCUCACCGAUUGGGUCUCAUACCGAUAAAAGUUGACCCAAGGCUGUUUGAUUAUAUGUCAGAAAACGAUGUCCCUAACGAAAAAAAUUCGAUUGUUUUUAAACUCAAUUUCAAAUGUGACCGAAAAUCUGGUGAACGCAGGACAGUGUAUUCUCAAGAUUUGAAGUGGUUGCCAUCUGGGAGUGAGUACGUACUGCCCACAGAAACUCCUUCAGAUACAACAUCAAAACCAAAAACAUACACAUCAUUUACUUCCAGCCAAGACUCCUUGCCCGAAUUUUCGAAUAAUCCUAUCACUGUGGCUUCUGAUAUCAUCAUAUCAAAACUUGGUCCAGGGCAGGAAAUUGAGCUAGAAGCACAUGCCAUUAAAGGCAUUGGUAAAACACAUGCCAAAUGGUCUCCUGUGGCCACUGCCUGGUACAGAAUGCUUCCCGAGGUUGUAUUGCUGCAAGACAUUCAGGACGAGGACGCUGAGAUACUUGUAAAGAAAUGCCCAGUUAAGGUGUUUGACAUUGAAGAUAUUGGUAAAGGUAAGAAGAGGGCAACUGUGACUCGACCAAGAGCUUGCACCCUGUGUAGGGAAUGCGUUAGAGAGCCUGGAUGGGAGGAAAAGGUGGCACUACGGCGCGUUAAAGAUCAUUUUAUCUUCACGAUAGAAUCUACCGGAGCAUUGCCUCCUGAGGUGCUAUUUACUGAAGCUGUCAAGAUCUUGGAAGACAAGUGUGAACGUGUGAUAACUGAGCUCUCAUAGGCUGAUUCUAUUUGCAAAUGUUACUUGUAUGAGUUGUGCGACCCAGGUUAUAUUUUAUUUGGUGAUUUUGAUAUAGUAUACCAUCACAUCUAAGUUAUGUGUCACCAUGUGGAGCUUCUGCAAUAGCAAUUAGAUUAUUUGACGUCAA